GGGCGGGAGCUGUAAACAACUUUUGGUCCAUCUCUUAUCUGGAGGCCGCGAGAUGGGUCCAAAAAAGAAAAAGUCGGCUGGGGGCAAAAAGAAAAUCAGCAAGGCUGAAAGACUGCGGCUCCUAAAAGAGGAGGAGGAAAGAAGACUGUUUGAAGAAGAGCAAGCCCGACUACGUGCUGAACUAGAAGAAGCUGCAAGGCUUGAAAGGGAACAGCUUGAAAGAGAGAAGAGAGAACGUUUGGAGGCCAAAGAUGAAGAACGCAGAGGGAUUGAACUUGCUGAACUUCAGGUGUUAGAAGAAAACUUUUUCACAGCAAGCCAAUUGAAGAUGAAAUCAAGAGCCCUUGCAAAGUGGAAACAUUACACUGGCUGUGAUGGGAGUCCAGAUCCAACAGUGGCCCAAGAAAUCAAUACCUUCAUAAGCUUGUGGCGAGAGGAUAAAAAUAACGAUAUCUACAAUGUUAUUGAAACUGGCAACAGGGUGCUGGAAUUAAUUGAGAAGUUGGAAUUGUGCAUAUUGGACACACCUUUCCAUGAACUAACUCCAAGUGAAGUCACUCAGUACCAAGACACCAUUAUCCAGCUACAGUCCCUUCUUCACCAGAAAUACAACGAAGCAACGGAGGAACUGCUGAAGCAAGCCAGCAGUUAUGCAGAAUCUGAAAGUGGAAACAUGGAGGUUGUCAUUAAAAAGAAGAACAUCACCCUGUGUGUUUGGGCGAAUCUCAAGAAGAAUCCAAGAUUCCGAAGCCAGUGCUUUUAUGAUGAAGAGAAGGAACCGUGCAAUGGAUUUGAACUCCCCAAACCUCUGGCCAUUUGCGACAUUGCCGUGCGCAUCUUGCACACCCAUUAUGAUCACUUGUCUCCUUGCCCAAUGUUCCCCAAAGAGCCACCCAAGCUGGAAAUGUCAGCCCCCAAACCACUGGUUUCUGUGAGUAGUGUGGAAGGGAAAGGAAAAACGGACCGAACAUCUCCCAGCAGAGCGGAAAGCCAGUCGGAUGCAACUGCAGAUAGAACAAGGAGUUUGAGUCACGUCCUCUCCAACGAAGACAUGAAGAGUGUUAUCCAAGAGACUGAAAAUGCCAGCGGCUCUGACAUGAGGAUCUCUUCCAUUAUUCAGACGGUUUCCCGAGCUCAGGUUUCAUCAUUGCACAUCCCAGAGGUCACAGAACUGGAGCCUCUUGAGGAGUUUGUGGUGGAUCUGCACCAGUUUAUGCCUGUGGGUGGCGUCUACCAUUUUGAUGCGCUGAAACUCCCGCCUCAAGCCAAGCAAGUCAAAGGGUGGACCAUGGUGGAAAUGCUGGAUACAGGGUUAGAGGUCUGGCCUUAUGUCGCUGUCUGCGAAGAAAAUGAAGAUCCUUCCGCUGUGACCGUUGGGAUCACCGUCCGGCUGCUUGACAACGUGAUCUACUUUGAAGAGCCUCUGCUCGCGAGAUGGGAUGCCUCAGGCAAAUCCUGGAGAACGGAUGAUAUUGGGGAAGUGGUCUACCACAUGAAAGAAAAGGAGAUCACUUUCAAAAUGAACGGCUUCUUCACUGUAACGCUCUUACAGGAUGCCCACCUCAACAUGCCUUACCAGUCCUGGGAACUUCGGCCCCUUGGAGUUGAUGAAGCCAUUCUCAUCAUCUUCACUACCUUUGCCGAGGUGCAGAUUCACAUCAAGGCUCUUCUAGCAGAAGUUACUUCUUAUCAGCAAAUGGCUCUCGUCGCUUCUGCCUUCGCUUUCGGCUGGAGCAAGUGGAAUUCGGAGAGCGGAGAGGACAACGUGGUUUUUAAGGCCUGUGAACACCUCACAGACGGACCCGUCCAGGAAGAAAACUGGGCCCUCUAUAUGUUCAACGGGCAAAGAGCUCAGCGGCUCGAGAUCACCGAGGACAGCGAUGCCUUCUCCAGAAAUAUUGCAGAAAACACAGAGUUUCAUUCGACGCUUUACCACCUGAUCAGAGACGCCAGCAGCGAAGAAGGCCUGCAGCGGGUGAGCCGUGCCCACUGCCUCUUCAUCGAUACGGUGUACCAGCUGCUCCUCGCUACCAAGCUGCUCACAUAUGCUUAAGAGGACAGGUGCCACAUCAGAACUUUAUUGAGUUAA